UCAGGACGGGCUUUCCUGCCUGGCUGCGCUCUCAACAUUUUGGGUUUCCCCCGGGUUGGUUGGACAGUGGAGGGAGGAGGGCGUGGAAGAGGAGGACGUUGACAAAGAUCUGCGUGAAUUUUCCAGGCGGGGGAGUUUUAAGAUUAUUAUUAUUAUUAUUCAUCUCAAGGGGGGGGGGCUAAUAAUGCGAUUCUGCCCUCGCCAGGAAUCUCCACCAGGGCAAAGCGCGGAGAGGGCAAGGAAGCCCCCGCUCCGCAGGCCAGGAGGGGGCGCAGCGGCGAUGGGGGGCUGAAUUCCCGCGACACCUUCGGCAGGAGUCGCACGUGGAAAGAUCCUGUCUCUCCAAAAGGGCUCCGGGACGCUCAGCCCGCAAACAGGGUCGGGGGCGGGGGAAAGAGAGAAUAAAUAACGGCAAAGCCCCAACUUUGGGGAUUUCAAACCCCGAAGUCUUUGAGGGCGUCGCUCUCUCGUACCUUGGCUGAUACUAACAAUUGAUACGAUCAGGAGGAUCCGUUUUCUGGCUUCCCCUAGAUCGGUUGGGAAAUUGUGAAUCAAAUCAUAAAAGUUGCUUCACGAAGCAAAAUAGUUUUUUUGGGGGGCGGAGAAAGGAGGUCUCCUGCUGCAGAAGAUGCUGGGGCUGCAAUAGAAAGCGCUUCUUCCCGCUUUUAAAUGCCUGCCGGCUCGGUCCAGCAUGGCUGUGUACGCCCUCACCGGCUUCUCCCUCGUCAGCCUGCUGAGUUUCGGCUACCUCUCCUGGGACUGGAUGAAGCCCGGCUUGGUGGGCGAAGUGCCCGGGGACCCGAUGGGGAAGCCUCUCCCGGCGGCUGGUGCUGCUGCUGCUUCUGCCGCUGUGGCCAGGCCGCCUCACCUCAUCUUCAUCCUGACGGACGACCAGGGCUUCCAUGACGUGGGCUACCACGGCUCCGAUAUCCAGACCCCGACGCUGGACAGGCUGGCGGCCGAAGGGGUGAAGCUGGAGAACUAUUACAUCCAACCCAUCUGCACCCCUUCCAGGAGCCAGCUCAUCACGGGCAGGUACCAAAUCCACACCGGCCUUCAGCACUCCAUCAUCCGUCCCCGGCAACCCAACUGCUUGCCCUUGAACCAGGUCACUCUUCCCCAGAAGCUGCAGGAAGCUGGCUAUUCCACACACAUGGUGGGCAAGUGGCACUUGGGCUUCUACAGGAAAGAGUGCCUGCCCACUCGCCGGGGCUUUGACACUUUCCUUGGCUCGCUGACCGGGAAUGUGGAUUACUACACCUAUGACAACUGCGACGGGCCAGGCGUUUGCGGCUACGACCUUCACGACGGCGAGAACGUGGCCUGGGAACAAAGUGGCAAAUAUUCCACUUUCCUCUAUGCCCAGCGAGUCAACAAAAUCCUGGCCGCCCACAACCCCAAGGAGCCCAUCUUUAUCUACGUAGCCUUCCAAGCUGUGCACACACCGCUGCAGUCCCCGAAGGAGUAUAUCUACCGCUACCGCUCCAUGGGCAACGUUGCACGGCGAAAAUACGCUGCCAUGGUCACGUGCAUGGAUGAAGCAGUGAAGAACAUCACCUGGGCGCUCAAGAAGUACGGCUACUAUGAAAACAGUGUGGUUGUGUUCUCCACCGACAAUGGCGGGCAGACCUUUUCCGGGGGAAGCAACUGGCCUCUGCGAGGCCGCAAAGGGACUUACUGGGAAGGAGGAGUUCGUGGAAUUGGCUUCGUGCACAGCCCGCUGAUUAAACGCAAGCGGAGAACCAGCAGGGCCCUGAUUCACAUCACGGACUGGUACCCAACUUUGGUGACCUUGGCCGGGGGCAACUUGUCCGAGGCAGACAGUUUAGACGGCUAUAACGUGUGGCCAGCGAUCAGCGAGGGCAAAGAGUCUCCCCGCAUGGAAAUCCUGCAUAACAUUGAUCCUCUUUAUAACCAUGCUAAAUAUGGCUCUUUGGAGAGAGGCUUUGGCAUAUGGAAUACGGCAGUGCAGGCCUCCGUGCGGGUAGGAGACUGGAAGCUUCUUACCGGAGACCCCGGUUACAGUGACUGGAUCCCGCCACAGACUCUGACCAACUUCCCAGGGAGCUGGUGGAACCUGGAGCGCCUGACGGAUGGCCUACGCAAAUCCGUCUGGCUCUUCAACAUCACUGCUGACCCGUACGAGCGCUACGAUCUGUCGGACCAGCGGCCCGACGUGGUGAGGGCUCUCCUCAUCAGACUCGUCCGCUACAACCAGACGGCCAUUCCGGUCAGAUACCCGGCAGAAAACCCUCGCGCCCACCCGGACUUCAACGGUGGUGCCUGGGGUCCUUGGGCGACAGAAGAGGAGGAUGUGUGGGAGGGAGGACACAAAAAACUGAAAAAUAAAAACCGGAAGAAGAAGUGCAAGAUCUGCAAGCUGCGCUCCUUCUUCCGGAAGCUGAACACUAGGCUGAUGUCCAACCGCAUCUGAGGGAGAUGGGGUGGUGCCAGACGCAGCCUCAAAGGGGUGCAGUUCCAAAUAGAAUCCAUGGGGCAGUUUAAUCCACCACCACCCUACCUAGUGCGUGAAAUGGGUUGGGAUGCUAGUCCACUUCUUUUCCACUGGAAGUAGGGCCCCUCCAGGUGGCCUUUUUAUUGUGCAUUCAUUAUGGUUUGUACUCACAAAUAUCUGGGGAGUUAUAUGCAAUCCUGCUUUCAAUACGGUUUGCACCUUCAACAGUUUUGGGGCAGACGGACUGCUUUGUUUCCAAUUAGCGCACGUCCCGUAACUCCCUGCUGAAAUCCUGCAACUUUUUAUCCACAAAUCUUCUGUUUUCUUUGUUUGUGUGGGUCUUGGUUUUCGUGCGCUAUAGUGCAAGAGUGUCCCUCUAGGUGGCAAUAAUGCACUAACAUUGAGGAAGCACUAAUAAAGUGGAAUGUUGCGUGAACAGUCCAGUAUAAACCCACCACUGAUGUACUAUUAUUGCAUCAAUGACAUGUUGCAGAAAGAAAUCCUGGUCUGGAAGGGCCUUUAAUAAAGUUUGACCUAACCCACCUCACCUCCUUUUUUUCUUCCACUCUAGAUACUCUCCACAACAAUUCAUAUUUUUACUGGGAAACCCUCCAAGACUUGUAAUCUCUAAUCUUUGAGAGCCUGCUUAGCCUCAGCAGGUUCUGGAGACUGUCCCUUCCCUUCCCUUCCCUUCCCUUCCCUUCCCUUCCUUAUUUCAGAAUGUUCCAAACCCAUAGUUGUCAAGUGUCAUCAUGAUUAAUGAACGUGUGUGUAUCAUAGUUAGAUACAGUACCGCUAUCCAGCAGCAGUCACGCUGAGCCAGGUCUUAUCCACUACCCAAGGACCAAACUAAUUGUACUCAAAAUCACUGAAAGGUGUUUGAAAAUGUCUGCAGCUGCUCUGUGUAUGCAUCAUGAAAUAUCAUAAAUAAUUUUAACUUAUGUAAUGCUUUUGUUCUGGGAAGGCGUCUGCAGGUUCUCCCCUCCCUCAAGGCUGCAGCCCCCGCCCCCGAUCACUUCAGUGCAUGUGGGCGGUGACACAGAAGACCUAGGGCAGUUAUUUUUAUCAGAGAGAAAGCAGAGCGCAAACUGUGUGAACAUUUUACCCGAAAUAUACAUAAUGCCUAACAUCUCGUAGGCAGGGACAUCAGUAAAGGGUGAGUGAGCCCUGCAGGCAUACAGUGCGCAGAAAAAAAUGUAAAAUGACUGAGCAAUAUUUACAUACUGAUCCAACUAUCUCAUCGUUUAUGGAGAGAGAGAUGUUUCCACAUCUCUUUAUUUAGCCACCAAGUACAAGAGAUUGAGAGGAAGCCACAGCUCUGACGGAGCUCCUUUAACUGCCCGGGUUUUCUUUCUCUUGGGCCUGCCGCAGGAUUUUCUUCCUCUUCCCGCAUCCUUCAGUUCAAGGGCUUAAGAGCGUUGGCAAAAACUGCUUACAUAAACCACUCAUCUUAAAAAACUUAACAUGAGCAAGAUGUAGAAAUAUAAUUAGUUCAAAAAUCGUUAAACAAAGCCUGCUGCUGCUAAACUUUGGGAGCAGUUGCUUGAAGUCAGUGCUUUUUUCCUUUGGUAAAAAUAAAAUAAAAUGAGGUGCCGUUAUACGCCUAUUGAUGAAAGUGCUUGGGGUGUCUGCACAAAUUGGGUGCCAUGGGCAGCAAAAAAGAAAACAAAAAAGGGAUGGUACUCUGUACCAUCUCUGUCACAAAAAUGCCCUGCUUAAAAUGCACCUUCUUUACAGUGCACAAUGAACUUGCAGUAUUGCUACAAAUGUAGUGAUGCCUACUAGUAUAGCCUGCUUUAAAAAUAUGGACUUGUUAGCAUGUUAGCUGUGAUAGCACAAUAAACUCCCCUAUAUUUGAAAGCAGACAAGCAGAGGUUGAAGGCAAAUAGGAAAUGACCAUCAUGUAUUACUUGCAGGUAGGGUUGGAAUGAUAUGUCCAUUUCUUUCCAAUCUUA